ACAAAAUAUUAAAGUAUUUAUUUCUUUGCAGGAUGUCUGGGGUGGGGGUGGUGGGUCGGUAUGUAUCACGGAGCUGGAGUAGCAGAGGUGGGGCAGGCCAUCAUGGCUCUCCCCGCCACCACCCUCCACCACCACAACGCCCCAGCUCACCCUGGAAGAUACCUGCCUUCUUCAGGAGGAAGUUCGAGAUCGCUCAGCGUGGUGGUGGGCGGGUGGCAAGCACAGCACCUGGAGAGAGUGAGGGAGGUGUGGCUGUCACUGAGGAAGCCUUCAAGGACCCACCACUUACACUGAAGGAUCCCCUGAAGGACCCCAUGCGAGAAUCAACUAGUACUGACCCCAUCAAGGACUUUGAGGCUACUCCUUCACCAUAUGAUGAACCAGAGGCUCAAAAUGAUGACUGUGACAGUAUCCAUCGCCGGCUGAUAAAGAGCUCUCCCAUUCGGCAGAUCCGGGAUGUGACUUUCAGAGAGCCUCGCUACUUGGAUCUGUUCGACCCUAGUGUGUCAGUUGUGAGGGAUCCCAAACUGGACCAGCCACAACCUGAAUCCAAAAGCCGAGCCCGGAGUAUCUUCAGUCGCUUUCUUUCUGCUAUAGCCUCCACUAAAGUCAUCAUAGGGUGUAGCAUUAUUCUGGUGGUGUUGGUGGUCGUGAUAGUAACUUUGGCAUCUACUUCCCAUGGACCAUUUUUCAGCCCUGAUCCCCGCAUCCAGCAUCCCCAUGUUACCACUGUCACUACCUGUGGCCUCGUACAAGGCAUUGUACAGGAUGGUGCAUAUGUGUUCCGUGGGUUACCAUAUGCUGUUCCUCCAGUGGGCAAGUUGCGAUUUCGACCGGCACAACUUCAGACUAGCUUGAAUGACUGUUGGACUGGAACAUAUGUAGCUAAUGUAACUCAGCCAUGUUGGAGCUAUGAUAGUCAGGGAGCAGUGGUUGAGGGCUCUGAAGAUUGUUUGCUGAUAGAUGUCUUCACACCACAACUUGGAUAUGACACUCCACUCCCUGUGAUAGUGUAUAUAGGAGGAGCUAGCCUGGGUAGCGACACACUGAGACCCUGGUUACUUAGUAAAGCUGCAAGUGUUGUCAGAAGCAAAGGUGUGGUAAUUUUGGCACCACAAGUUCGCCGUGGCCUCCUUGGAUUCUUUCCUCAUCCAAAAUUAGCAGCAUCAACCUACCCUCACACUGCAGGAAACCAAGGUGUGUCUGAUCUAUUGACAGCAUUAAAUUGGGUGCAACACAAUGUAGAACAUUUUGGUGGUGACCCAGAGCAGGUGACACUUUUGGGACAUCAAGCAGGAGCUGCAAUGGCAUGGCCACUCGUUUCCUCACCACAAGGACACAGGUUAAUUCAGUCUGCCUGGCUAACUGGCGCUGUACCUCUGCAUCCAGAGAUACCAUGGCGUGAAGCAGACCCAGAAUUGGUGGAGUCGCUGAACUGUUCCACUAUAAUGUGUCUUGAAUCCAUCCCAGCACGAACUGCAAUGGACGCGCCUCCUUUAGAAUGGCGACGUCCUCAUGGCCACCCUUGGCUAUUAGCUGAUGGUGUCAUUGUUCCCUUCUUCCCGUCCAUGCCACAAGUGCCUCUCAUGAUUGGAUCAACUGAACAGGCAGCUGCGAAUAAUUUGUUAUCGUGGCAGGAACGUCUUGGCACCUCACACCAACAGCUUGUUGAUGCAGUAGUAGAUGGUCUGCGACUGAAUGAAUUAAAUUAUGGUCAGCCAGUGUGGUCAGGGAGUCCACAAUAUAGUGGGAUUAAUUGGCCAAGCUCUCUAGGUAACCAAGAUACAUGGUCAAAAGAACCUGGACAUAAUAAAGGCAGGUGGCCUCAGCCUCCAAGAAAUAAUGAGAGGGGGUCAGAAUUAAACAGUUUUGUGACAGGCUCGUCUGAGGCAGAAACAGCUUUGGAAUGGUAUUCAGAUUUGAAAGAUGAUUCUUGGCUACUCCUCACCACAUUAGUAUCUGAUGCCACUGUUACAUGUCCUACCCUAUCCACUGCUACAAGACUUUCAAGGACCCUCUCCCGUGCUCAUCCUACUGGGACUGAAGAUGUACCUGUUUACGCUUAUGUGUCACGCCAUGCUCGGGUUAGCCGUGCUGGGGCUGUGGCAGAUGGAUUGUCUGAUAUAGAGUCAAUUUUAGGAGUAUUUCAGCCUCGAGAUGAAAAGGACGUCCAGUAUGCCCGCACUAUCCAGGACUUAUUUUUUUUCUUUGUGAAUUACGGCUCUCCAGAUUGGCACUCGGCAACACCUGCCCAUCUUGGAGUAUACACGAUAAAUGGAGUGACAAAUGUAGAACGUUCAAGACUUCAGUGUGAACACUGGGCAAAUGCCUCCCAGUUUUUCAGAAGGUUUUAGUAACUGCCAAAGAGUAGUGAAGAAUUUACACCAAUUUAUUUUUUAAACAUUGUAAAACAGCUUAAGUCCUACCAACUUUUUGGUUUAACAAUCACUUGCAUUUAGUUUGCAUUUUUCUCAUUUAAGUGUUCUGUUCUACAGAGAAAACUAAUUUAUUUUUUCAAGAACUAUAAUUUAUUAAUUGGUGUAUUCUUUAAGGCAAAACUAGCUUUAUUUAAAUUACCAAAGUGCCUUUGAUAAGAUACAUGUCUCCUUGUGGGCCAAUCUACAGUUUCAUAAAAGAUUGCUGCCUUAACUUGGUAAUAACUAUACCGAGUCUUAAUACCAAUGAUAUAGUACCUACCUCAGGAAGGUUCUCUAGGUAAUCAUUGGGAUAAUGGCUUGCAAUGUGUGUGUUGCACAGAUGUUGACUUGAGAAAUCUUUGAUUUUCUUUAGCAUAGGAAAUAAAAUGACUACUGUACUGCCAAACAAUACAACACUGCCACAUUGCCUCUGAUCUCAUUGUGACGAGUAGUGCAGGAACUCAGUCUUUCAGCAGCAUCUGUCAAAAGCCAAAAAUAAUGAGCUAAGUUCUUGGAUGACAGUUGGCUGCUUCUGUGGGUUAACAUCAGGUUUAUAUGUAGAAUCUUAAGUAAUAUUUUGUUUAUAUAUACAACCUUAAUUACUGCAGUUAAAUUAAUUUACAUAAACAUAAUAUUUUUACUUAAUGUACAUUUGAUAAUUGUUUCUUGCACACUAUUUGGUAAAGUAAACCCCAUAUUAAAAGAUGCUCUUGAUUUAUACAAAGAAUCAUUUAACAGAUAUAGAUAAGGACAAUCAUUUCUAAUUUGAGCCAGUAGUAUAAAUCUGUCAACUAGCCACCAAUAAACUCUACAAAUGUUUAAUCCAAAUGACGUACUGCUGACAACAGAAGAGAUGUGAUGCAGAAGCUGUUAUUGGGACACUUUUUCAUUGUGAAGAACUAUCAAAUCGUACAGAAAAUAAAAAAUACUGUACACAUAUACAGUACAUAUACUCCCAGGAAUGGGUAGAAGCAGGUAAGAACUCUGCGGAGAUUAGGCAUGUGAAAUCACAAAAGCGUGACAAAUUAUGGACUGAUCUAGCAGGUGCAGUGUUGCCAGGUUUCUGGUUCGUAUGUUUAUCCCUUUGAGUAUUACUAAAAUUGUCCUCGUAAUGUGUGCAAGUGCUUUGGCUAAAUUAAAUGCUGUUGCUUUCAAGUGUCCCAUGUACUAUAAUUUAAAAAAAAAAAAAAAAGCUACAUCAUUUGGUACUGUGUCUUUGAUAAUAAGUGUGGCAUACUGAGAUGCCAUAAGGUGUUACCUUGAGCUGUGCACAAAUUUUUGUUCAUUCCUACAAUUAUUAUUAUCAAAAAGAAACGCUAAACCACAAGGGCUAUACAGCGCUGCAGGGCAGGAAGGAAGCGAGGGUAUCAGGUGGCAAAAGGGAGAUGGACGAGUAAUAGGUUACGGAGAACAGCGGGGCAGUGGAUGGUGAAAGGGUAGAGGGCAGCAAGAGAUUGAGGUAGAAAGGGCUGAGGGGAGUGCGAAAGGUACCAUCAUCAGAGUUUGUGGAGUAAAUCAGUCAUUGUCAAGAAGUCAAUGAGAGUGUCAGGAUUAAAGGAGGGUCCAUCAGCAAGAAGGGAAGGUAAAGAGAGUAGUAGUAGAGCGGAGACGACGAUGGAGGUAAAUUCUGCGUGCUCGUUGAUAAAGAGGGCAGACAGAAUGUGGCUAAUCGAUACUGGAACUCGACACUGCUCACAGAGAGGAACAGGGUGCCUCUCCAUGAGAUACCCAUGAGUAAGAAGAGUGUGGCCAAUACGAUGGCGAGAGAGAGUAGUCUCCCAACCUCGGCACUGAUGACAAGACGACGGCCAGUAACCUAUGCUCGGUUCAAUAGAAUGAAGUUUGUUACCGAGUAGAGUUGACCAACGUUGCUGCCAACGGGUGUGAAGGUGGGUAGCUAUUACAGCAAAAUAGUCUGGAAAUGGAACACCUCUAUAUGAAAUUGGUAGGUCAUGUACUGCUGACCGCGCAGCAGUGUCUGCCUGUUCAUUGCCCUGUACGUCAACAUGACCAGGGACCCAACAAAAAACAAUAUCUUUAUGCUUGGUAGAGAUAUGGCAUAGCCAAAGUUGGAUACAGAGAACUAGGGGGUGAGGUGUAUCAAAUUUCCGUAUAGCCUGUAGAGCACUAAGGGAGUCUGAGACAGCCAUAAAUGAUGACACGGGCAUAGAUGCGAUACGAAUAAGUGCUGCAAGAAUGGCAUACAAUUCAGCAGUAAAAAUGCUAGCUGAAGACAGUAAAUGCCCUCGCACGACUGUCCGGAAACAGUGCUGCGAAUCCGACGCCGUCAGAAGACUUAGAGCCAUCUGUGUACACUGUGAUGGCAUGAGAAUGAGAGUAGAAGUGGUCAAGAAAAAGAGCGGGAGGCCACCGUAGGCAGUUGGGCUUUCGAGCAAGGGAGUGAGAAAGAACAGACUCGAACAGCUGGAACUUCCCAGGGGCGUAGGGAAAAGUGAGAUGCUACAUGAACAUAUAAAGGCGGUAACUGAAGGGAAGACAAGAGCGAAUGUAGGCGAAAAGAGAAGGGACGGAGCAAACAAAUAAAGAAUGUCCACUAAUAUCGGUGACCAUUCUAUAAAUGGAAGGAUUGUAGAGAUCGUGAGAGCAUACGUUGUAGCGAAGGCAAUGGGCAUCACAGCGAUCAGACAAGGAUGGAACAUUCGCUUCUGCAUAGAGGCUCUCAACAGGGGAAGAACGAAAAGCACCAAGGCAAAAACGUAAUCCUUGGUGAUGAAUGGGGUUAAGGCUAGAGAGAGUAGCAGGAGAGGCCGCUGAAUAGAUCUGGUCACCAUAAUCGAAUUUCGAUAAGAUGAGGGCUGAAUGUUGGCGAAGGAGAGUUCGACGAUCAGCUCCCCAUGAAAGAUGAGCAAGGGUUUUAAGAAGGUUCAGCCGGUUGUGACAGGUUGCCUUCAGAGAUGUAAUGUGACGUUUCCAGGAUAACCUAUGGUCAAAGAGAAGGCCUAGAAACCUGACUAUCACGUUCAGGGAUACGGGAGCCAUAGAGGUACAAAGGAUGAUCGGAGAUGACAGAGCGUCUAGUGAAAGUAAUUUGGUGGGUUUUAGUGCUGGAAAAUUUAAACCCAUGCAUGGUGGCCCAAUUGGAAACACGGUUGACCGCAUGCUGGAGAGAAACUGUAAUGAGGCGACAGUCAGCACCUGCACAAGCAAUAGCGAAGUCAUCAACAUAGUGAUGACCAAAUAUUGGAUGGAAGAACAGAGGCCAAAUCAUUUAUUGCAAGGAGAAAAAGUGUUGUGCUCAGAACACAUCCCUGGAGGACACCUUCAGCUUGGACAACGUCCGGGGAGAGCACAUUAUUUACCCGAACACGGAAAUGUCUGUCAGUUAAAAAGUUCUUAAGGAAGGAUGGUAGAUUGCCUCGGAAGCCUAAGGAGUGGGCUUGGGCCAAAAUAUUAUACCUCCAAGUUGUGUCAUAUGCCUUCUCAAGGUAAAAAAAUAUGGCAAUAACUGAGUGGUUAUUCACAAAGGCAUUACGAACAUGCGUAUCCAAGCGUAGUAAGGGGUCUAUGGUAGAUCGGCCCUUAUGAAAGCCAUAUUGGCUAGUGGAGAGACUUGUGUGUGUCUAAAUACCACAUUAAACGUCGAUUUACCAGACGUUCCAUCACUUUGCAAACUGCACUAGUAAGAGCAAUGGGACGAUAGUGGGAGGCAUCAUGUCCCGUAGUACCCAGCUUGCAGAAAGGGAGAACAAUGGCAGAUUUCCACAGCUGGGGAAGAACUCCUUGUGACCAAAUAAGAUUGAAGAGGUGCAAGAGGACUACAAGGGCUGACUGAUGUAAAUGUUGUAACAUCCGAAUAUGAACGCUGUCAGGCCCAGCUGCUGAUGAUCGGCAAGCUGAGUGUGUUGCCUCCAGGUCCCGAAGUGUAAAAGGCACAUUAUACUGUUCUUCUCUGAGAGAAGAAAAGUCCAAGGGUACUAACUCUCUGGCAGACUUUGAGGAAAGAAACGAGGGGCAUAGAUGGAGCCCCCCGGGGAAUACGGACCAGAUGAGUGCCAAUUUCAAUGGCAACGUCAAGAGGGUUUGCUAUAUCAACACCGGCGACCCGUAGAACAGGAGAGUAUUUACCACUCAAUUUCCUCACUUUUUUCCAGACUGCACUCAGAGGAAGCAGAGGUGAUGGUGGAAACAAUCUCGCCAGCAAGUGUGUUUAGUAUCAUGGAUGACACAGCAAGCGAUUGCACACUUCUGCUUAAAAUCAAGAAGUCUCUCAUCGGUUCUAUUGUACCGGUACCUGCCCCAUGCAGCGCAUUUCAAACGUACUGCACGAGCACAAGCAGGAGACCACCAAGGCACACACUUCUGAGAAUGCCUGCCUGAAGUUUGGGGUAUAGAACGAGAAGCUGCGGUUAAAACUGAUGUCGAGAAGAGGUGUAGGAGCUCAUCAAUGGAGGAUGAAGAAGGAACCUUACUAAAAGCAGUGAGUUGCGAGUAAAGGUCCCAAUUUGCCUGAUCAAAUUGCUAGCGAGGGCUACGGAAAGGUGGUGAAUAUGAAAGAGAAGUAAGAAUGAUUGGAAAAUGAUCGCCGUCAUGUAAGUCUGGUAGAACAGACCAGGCGAAGUCUAGUGCAGUGGAGGAAGAGCAGACCGAUAGAUCGAUGCAAGAGUGUGUAUGAGUAUGAGGAUCAAAAUGGGUGGGAGUACCCGUAUUUAAAACAUGGAGGGAGGCGAGAAAAGCCUCCAACUGGAUGCCACAUGAGUCACAAUGAGACAUCCCCCCCAGAGGAAAUGGUGGGCAUUAAAAUCACCAAGUAACAGAAGUGGUGGUGGUGGUAAGGAUGAAACAAAGGAAAAAUCUGGAAUAGAAAAUGCUCGAGGAGGAGAGAGAUGUAAAGAACAUAUUUUAAACCACUUAUUCAAGUGGAUACGGGCUGCAGUGUAAUGCAGCGAGGUAUGGACAAAUAGUUGACAGUAUGGAAUAUCAUUGCGUAGAAGAAGGGUGCUUUCAUUAAAGGUCCCAUCUGAGAAAGGAUCCGAAGAAUACAAUAAAUUAUAGCCUGAGAUAGGUUGGGAAACUGAGUGUAAUUUGGGUUCCUGUAAGCAAACACCAACAGGGAAAAACCUGGAAAGCAACAUCUGAAGCUCGCCAUGAUUGGCAAUGAGGAAAAUACCAGGAAUCCGUAGGGAAGGGCACCUACAGACUAGAGGGGUUAGAAAAGUCAACGUGCGGUGGCAUCGGAAGAGGUUCAAGCAGCAAAGGAAUGGAGCGUUGCGAAGAAUGGAGUUCUGGAGAUGGAGGAGAGGGAAGAGAAGGAACAGGAGGUGGAUCAGUGUCCAUUGAAGGUUUAGUCUCUGCAAUGUAUUCUGAAAUGGCAUCUAGUGUUUCUGAAUUCAAAGACGUAUGGGAGACAAUAUUGGAGGUAGAAGGAGGAGGGUGAGUAAAGAUUGGGACAGUAAUGGACUGUACCCAAGUAGGGGGGGACGAAAGAGUGUAGGGGACUGUGGGAGGGGACAGAAGAGGCAGAAACCUGGGAGGUGGCAGAAGCGGGAGAAACUAGGGAGGGGACAGGGGUGAAAGGCAUAGUAUGAGGAGGAGGGUGAACCUCCACACUUGUAAUAGAGCCAGAGAGAGGGGAAGAACUAGGCACAGAGACUGGAAAGGUAAAAUGCAGAGGUGGAAGAAGGGAAGGAGGGGGCAAAGAUGAUUUGAGCAAUGGGGAUUUUUUUGACUUCUGAGAAGUAGAGGGGUGGUUGGUAUAAGGUGUCGUACGAGGUCUUGUCGAUACUGGGGCUUGUGAGGAAGGAUGUGAUGAUGUGAGAACAGACCGAGGUGUUGUAGUAGGGAUGUCAGAGCCCAGGACAGCAAAAGAAUUAGAUACCGGAGUGGCUAUGGGAGGGGUAACCACAGAGGAGGCUGCAGAAGUUGGGACCCCAGAAGUGGAGGGACGUUUUGAAACACGAGAAUAAGAAACACUGGGUAGUCUCCCAUGGAGGCGGAGAUGAGAAACUGCCAUAGCAUAAAGGAGACCUUCUGCCUCUUUGAGGCAACGGAUUUCACACUCAUUUAAAUAGACCUGGCAACGGCGAGAGUACGAAGGGUGAGCCUCAUGGCAAUUAAGGCAAGAGGGAAGUCGACUGCAAGACUUAUUAGAAUGGUCGUCCGCACCAUAGACUGGGCAUUCGGCUAUAGAUCUGCAAUAUUUCGCUGGGUGACCAAAAUGCCAGCAAUUUCUACACGGUUGCGGUGUAGGGAUCACCUUUCGAACUUGUAACCAAUGUCCCGUGACAUAAACAGAGGGCGGGAGUUCACGGCUGUCGAAAGUCAAUCGAGCCACAUUGCAAGGAUAUCGUCUCCGCCCGCGGGCAGGAAGGACACAAGUGUCUACUUUGAGGAUUGGGAGAUCCUGGAGUUCCAGUUGUUCAAGAAUGUCAUUGCCACAUGUCUGGAAAUUCUGUUGGACUAUGGUAUGGGGCAGAAUGACAGUACCACUACAAGAAUUGAGAGAGAUGUUUUUCAAUAGUGAUAGGAGUAGUAUCGAUAUGCAAAAGGAGAUAAAGCUUGGGUAGCAUUCUGGACAGUGACAAUGCACGUACCGCUCUUGAGAUCAUGAAAUGAAAUAUCUGUACCAACAUGGCGUAGGAGCGCUUUGCCAAUAUACUAUGGUCAGAAAGAUAGGCAGUAGAAGAAGUCGGUCUUAAAGAAUUUAGUCCAUUGUGUGGUCCGAAACAGUGUGGAGAGGGAGUGCAUGUGUCGGUCUUUUCCGAGUAGAAUGGAAGGUAACGAAGUAACAUCAUCAGGAGCUUGUCGUUGGUGUUUAGAAGUGGGAUUAGAGUUGGUCAGACGUGGGACGGGCUGGCGAUUCGAAAAUUGCCACACUGUAGAGGGAGAGGCCGGAAGCAUAGUCAAAGGAGGGCAGAGGUCAGACAAAUCGGAGGAGUCAGUCGAGACCCUGGUACCUGAAGCUGGUGAUGAAACAGCACCAGCAAGAGGUACAGGGGCAUCAGGAGUGUCCAAAGAGUGGUCAAAAAAACGAGGCAGGGUCAGAACGGGGUGCGAUAUCAGUAAGGGGCCUGGGGGUAGCAGGUUCAUGGCUUAGGGCUUCCAUGGUUAGGUUACUUCUUUCUUCUUGUUUUUAAGAAAAAAAAAGAAAAGAAAAAGGGGAAACGGGGAGGAAUAGUUCCUAGGAGGAAUGAAAGGGCUGGAAAUCACCCUCCCCGCCCAAGAGGACCUCAACACCACAAGUAGUGCAGAUGCGGCAUGGAAUCCAUGCCAUACCCUACCCUUCAUGCCAGUAAACCAGCAAUCCAGGAUAGCAACCUCACAUCUGCCGAGCUACCUCGGUGGACAAAAGAGAGGGCGGCCAGAUAUCCGCCACAAAGCAUACCUCCUUUGGCCACCACCCCCGGAAUCCGAAAGGUGGCCUCCAGAGAUGCACCCAUCGCCUGAAAGACACCC